CCAAAUAUGGAGGAGAUAUUAUAUGAAUACCCAUUAGUCCAUGACCACUUUAGGCGGACUAAUGUCCUAUCAAUCCAAACUGCAAGAUCCAGCUCCAGACGUGUUGCCGCGCCAACAGACAACGGCACCAUCCGGAAAACCAUGGAACUGGAUCGAAGUUUCUCGUCGAUUGAUAUCGUUCUAUAUCUGCCCCUGCACAAUUUCGGGUAUCUUCACUCGAUUUUCUCUUCAAGCUUCUGUUUCUAUCAGAUUGCUGAGUGUCGUCGCAGCUGCGGGUUUGAAGUGAUGGUGAAGAAUUACCCGGCGGUGAGCAAAGAGUAUCAGGCGGCAGUAGAGAAAUGUAGGAAGAAAUUGCGAGGUUUAAUUUCGGAGAAGAAGUGUGCUCCAAUUGUGCUGCGGUUGGCAUGGCAUGCGGCUGGUACAUAUGAUUGGAAAACAAAAACUGGAGGCCCAUUCGGGACAAUAAGGAAUCCUAGCGAGAUAUCUCAUGAAGCUAACAAAGGCCUUGACAUUGCAGUGAGGUUGCUGGAACCUAUUAAGGAGCAAUUCCCCCUACUCACCUACGCAGACUUCUACCAGCUGGCUGGAGUAGUUGCUGUGGAAAUUACUGGAGGCCCUGAGAUUCCAUUUCACCCUGGAAGACCAGACAAAACAGAACCCCCACCAGAAGGUCGCCUGCCUGACGCCAAGAAAGGAGCUGACCAUUUGAGAGAAGUUUUUGGGCGCAUGGGCCUAAGUGAUAAAGACAUUGUUGCUCUGUCUGGUAGACACACCUUGGGGAAGUGCCAUGAGGAAAGAUCUGGAUUUGAAGGACCAUGGACCCCCAAUCCUCUCAUAUUCGACAACUCCUACUUCAAGGAACUUCUUAGCGGGGAGAAAGAGGGCCUGAUUCAGCUGCCAACAGACAAAGCUCUGUUGGAAGACCCCAUAUUUCGUCCUCUUGUCGAAAAAUAUGCUGCUGACGAGGACUCGUUCUUUCAUGACUAUGCUGAAGCACACCUGAAGCUCUCUGAACUGGGAUUUGCGGAUGCCCACUAGAAUCAUGGCAUUUAAUGCGUCUCUGCACUCGACAUUCGUCUUUUGCAAGAAUUUCAGCGAGUUAGUUGCUGAUCCUCACAGGGCUGUGUUUCUUGAGGGUUUAAUGUAAUGUCUUUAGUGGUUAUGCUCGUGUCACACAAUAAAAUAAACAUGUAAUAGAUUAAUUAUUGUGAAUUAGUAUUAUUCUCCGUCGCUUUAUAUACUUAGACACUAAGAAAUGUUAAUUAACAACAAUUCGAUUAUUGAGGAGGACAAACCCACAAAUACUUGUUGGGUAUAAACACAUGUAAAGUGGCAACUGGAAUCCACUAUAAACUGUCGCAAUGAGACUCGGUUGAGCUUUCACAAAAAGAGACGACAAU